CUCGCGCGGCCGUCACUGCAACGGCAUACGCCACAAUAAUAUUUCAGACCAGAGGAACGGCCUGGCUAACAAUGAAACACAGGCGGAGGCAGGCAGUGGAACUCUAGCCCGUGGUGCCUGUCAUUUAGACAGAGAGAUGGGUAGAUGACGACCGAGAGCAAUGGAGUCGAGGGCCCGUUGAUAGCAUGAAUGACAGGUAUCACAAGGCGGCCCGGGAUGGCUACCUGGACCUGCUGAAGGAGGCUACGCGGAAGGACUUGAACGCGCCGGAUGAAGAUGGCAUGACACCGACGUUAUGGGCCGCUUAUCAUGGCAACUUGGAGGCUCUGCGACUUAUCGUGGGCAGAGGAGGCAACCCCGAUAAGUGUGACAUAUGGGGGAACACACCUCUCCACCUGGCGGCCGCCAACGGCCACCACAACUGCCUGUCCUUCCUGGUGUCCUUCGGUGCCAACAUGUGGUGCCUGGACAACGACUACCACACACCCCUGGACAUGGCCGCCACCAAAAGCCACAUGGACUGUGUCCGCUACCUGGACUCCAUCGCCGCCAAGCAGUCGGCCCUCAACCCCAAGCUGGUGGGGAAGCUGAAGGAGCGGGCUUUCCGCGAGGCCGAGAGGAGGAUUAAGGAGUGUGUGAAGCUGCAGCGGAAGCACCACAAGCGUAUGGAGCGCAAGUUCCACAAAGAGGCGGCGUCGGAGCAGUCCAUGUCAGACGCCAUGAGCUUCUCCAGCUACACAAGCAGCUCUGUGAGCCGCAAACUGCACCACCUAAACACCACCACCAGUGUGCCAUACUCUCAGGCUACUCUUCACGCCACAACCCGAGGCAAGACCAAGAUCCAGAAGAGGUUGGAGAAGAGGAAGCAAGGGGACGGGACCUUCAAGAUCUAUGAGGACGGCAGGAAGAGCGUGCGCUCCCUCUCGGGCCUUCAGCUGGGCAACGAUGUCAUGUUCCUUAAACAGGGAACCUAUGUCGGCCCUCGGGACCGCGCAGGGCGCCGCGGCAACCUCCGAGACAUAUUCCACGGAGACGCCAACGACGACGCCAUCUCUCGUGCCAUCAGCGAGCCGGACUUGUCUUACCGGCCCGACAUGGAAUACUCUGAGGUCAGCACCGACUCGGGCCACGACUCUCUCUUCAACCGGCCCGGUCUGGGAACCAUGGUGUUCCGACGCAACUAUAUCAGUGGUGGCCUGUUCGGCAUCGGCGGGCGUGACGAGGGGAGCCUCGGCGGAGGAACCGAACGGGCUGGCAGCACCAACGUGCGGCUGCGCAGCCGGCUGCGGCGUUCGCCCAGCCUGGACGAUGGGGGGGACAGCAUCGGCAGUGCCAGCAGCCUCCGGGAAAGGAACCGCCAGGAGCUUCCCUGGGACGAGCUGGAGCUGGGGCUGGAUGAUGACUGCGAGGCCGUGACCAGCCCGUUGGAGGUGUUCUUGGCUGCGCAGACCAUGGGCGAGUUCCUCACCGUCUUCAGGCGGGAGAAGAUUGACCUGGCGCUGCUGCUGUGCUCGGACCAGGACCUCAAGAGCAUCCACAUCCCCCUGGGGCCCAGGAAGAAAAUUCUAGAUGCCUGCAAGAGACGUCUGGAGACCCUUGAGGACCCUGACUACAUCGAGGACACCCUGCUGUGAAUGGUGAAUGACACUUUUGGAUCUGAAGAUGCUGUGUAGGUACUGUAUACCUCUACUACUGUGACGUUCACCUACAGAGUAAACCUAGCCUACAGAGUAAACCUACACUACAGAGUAAACCUAAUCUACAGAGUAAACCUAAUCUACAGAGUAAACCUAGCCUACAGAGUAAACCUAGCCUACAGAGUAAACCUAACCUCCAGAUUACAUCUGAGUGUGUAGUGUGGGGAUUUUUCAGUGGGACAUGUUAAUAUUGUCGCUGCUCUCCUCUACACAUAGUUAUGAAGGGAGGCAUCUAGUGUUUUCUUUGGUUGAUGAUAAUAGUAACAAUCCGGCAUAGAAUUCAUUCCUGUCUGUCUCUUCAAAUGUGUCGUUGCCAUUCUUCUGGAGACCACUAGGUGGACACACUGUAUAGGUCCAGCAGAAUGCUCUUCCUACCUUAAAGGUUGGUCAGUGGCGUAUUGUUGCUCAGUGUUGUCAGGGCUAAUGUCUCAAAGGGGUUUGUUGUAGUGUAUGCAACAUUCAGAGACUUUACAGCUACAACAUAAAUAGCGGUUUGUAUUUAGGGACACGCUUGUCUGACUCUGAUUAUGUAAGGACAUUCAGAGAAAUGUUGUCAUUUCAUUCCCUGGGUCACCCUGUGACUUGUUAGGCAGAAAGGAGGACAUUGUUAAGAUAAACAUCUCAGUGAACAAAAGAAGACAAGUAAAAUACAGAAACCUGAGCUUUCUAUGGACUUUGUAAAUGAAGGAGAAGAGCUGAAGAAAUC